AUGUCUGAAUAUUCUAACAGUAUUUUAGAUCCUCAAAGUAUGAGAGACUUUUAUUCAUCGAUGUGGGAGGGAUCUUCGACACAAUAUUAUAGCUUUUUCAAUGAAUUUACAGAUUAUUCUGCUAAUAGCGAAAAUCUAGUCCAAAAUGAUGAAAAUGCCUAUGCUACUAUAGAAGAUGUCUCAUAUAAAUAUGCACUUCAAGAUCAAUUUUCAGCAAUAUAUGCAGGAGUUCCUCUGGCUCUGCAAGAAUCUAAUGCAUAUUUGCUGCCAAAGCCCCAAAAUUCCUUUCCCUUUAUUAUAGACAAUUCCUCAUUUCCAUUCGUCCCUAAACUCCUAAACAAAUUUCAUGGGAAAGAAGAAAUGAUUGAUUAUACCUUGAAAGCUCAACAAAUGCGCUUUGGCGACUUGUCAACUAAACUUCCUCCAUUAUUAUUUAAUAAUCCUUACAAAAAUGAGCUCGAAACACUAGAGUUUACCAAAUGGCAAGUAAACCCAAUUGAUUCUUAUUUCCCUGACCUAGAGUCAACUCCUUUACAAAUUGUGGACAAUUUAAGCGACUUAGAAAAAGUAAUUGAAGAAAUAAGCAAUGAGCGAGAAAUUGCUGUAGACUUGGAGCAUCAUUCACUAAGAAGCUAUCAAGGAUUUCUAUGCUUGAUUCAGAUUUCUACUAGAUUUAAGGAUUAUAUCAUUGAUCCUUUAAAAAUUCCUGAUAAAAUCUACCUGCUUGGAGAAAUUUUUGCAAGUCCAAAAAUAGUCAAAGUUAUGCAUGGAGCCAUAAAUGAUAUUUAUUGGCUUCAAAGAGAUUUUGGGCUUUAUUUAGUAAAUAUGUUUGAUACAGGAAUAGCAUCCAGAGAGCUUAAUAAAAGCUCUUUCAGCUUGGCAUUUUUAUUGAAAGAAUAUUGUGCUAUUGAUGCUGAUAAGCGAUACCAGCUUGCAGAUUGGAGGCUUAGACCAUUAACAGACGAUAUGGUUAAAUAUGCAAGAAUGGAUACUCACUAUUUGCUAUUUAUUUAUGAUAAAGUUAAAGAAGAAUUAAUACACAAGGCAAUGAAUAUAGGAAUCCACCACCUUUCAUUUGUGCUUUCAGUGCUUGAAGCUUCAAAACAACUUUGUUUGAAUUCUUAUAUAAAAGGAGAAUACUCUUUCCAGAAUCCAGACAAAAUCCUAAACAAACUAGGCCAAUUUAGAGACUUGAUUGCAAGAAUGGAAGACGAAAGCCCAGAAUUUUUAGUCUCACAGACUUCAUUAAUAAAAAUAGCAAAAGCUAAGCCUAGAACAAUUGAAGAGCUGUCAACAAUAGACUCAUCCCCUUUUAUCUUAAAAUACUCCAAAUAUAUCCUCAAGCAUUUCACCCAAAAAGAAUCUUUUAAACCAAGAAAUAGCUCGCAAGAUAUUUUUAUUUCUUCAGGCUGGGACAAAUCACAAAACUUGCCGUACUUUUCACUUUACCAAAAGCUGUCAAAGCAAGACGGAAUUUCACCAGAGUCCAUCUAUGAUUUCUGCAGCGAUUUAGAUGAAAAAAGAACUGCAUAUCAUUUACUUAGAAUAAUAAAAGAAAAAAGCAAAGCAGAUUAUAUUAAAGGAUUAAAUCAAUCAGAAAAUCUAGCUCCGAAGAAAAAAGAAAAAACAGCUGUGCUUGACUAUGCGAACAUCGAUGAAUUGUUAGAAAAUACUGAAGUUGACGAGAAUCAAAUACCAAAAAAUAUGCAGGAAAUUUAUGAGAUUUCAAAAUGCAGCAAAAAGAAAAGCAAAACCAAGUUAAUUGUAGCUGAAGAAGUUACUGAUGUUAAAUGUAAGGGAAAAGAAAAAAGCAUUGAAAAUUUUUUGCAGGAAAUUGGAUGGGAAAACCAAUAA